GUAAGCUUGUGGUGGCCCUGUUUACAAGUGACACACAGGAAAACUCAACGAUCCAAGAGGUGCCAGAAGGGAAUGGCUUCAUAUUCUUUGAUCGAGAAUUACCACCGGAGAUGUUUGAAGAAAUAUUCCAGAAUGUGCCAGCUGUGGACCUCAUAAGAUCAUUGCCAAGAGUCUGUCGUUAUUGGUACCAGCUCCUAACUGAUAGAAUGUUCUGGUUCCGAAAACUUAAGAGAGAAGGUUUCAAGGUAUCUGAGAUCACUGAAAGGAGGCUUGCUGAGGAGAUGGAUGAUGGCAAGGUUCUGCGUAUUUUGCAGGGGAUAACUGGUGGCUUUCUACCAUUCAACUCUAACCUCAUUCGCAAUCCCAGUGGUGAAGAUGAAUUCCAACACUGGAGAGUGAAGCAUGGUGGAAAUGAUUUGAUAGUGGAGUGUCCUCCUGUUGGCAGUGACAGCAUUCCUGAGGAGGCAGGUUUACCUACACAACACUGCUUUGUGUCCUCCUACGUCUCUUGUUACCGCUCACAGACCAUCAUGCUCAAGGGGCUCGGUAUUGAGCCUUGGAUGCUGGACAUCCUCAGACCAGAAAUUAAAGUUUCAGAAUGGGUGUCUGCCAGAUUUGAUUGCCAUUCUAAAAGUCAGACAUCAGUGGAGCUAGUCACAGGCACGACAGGGUCAACCGUGCAUAACAUGGUCUGGUCAUCAAAGCAUGACGGUGUCAUCCUUUGCAGAUGGUAUCAGAUGAAAAUGGAUAUUCCGUAUGAUACUAUCCCAAGCAGUCUGACAGCAAUAAAGUUCACCAAUAAGAGUUCAGACUCACAGUUUUGGGCUGGCCAUUAUGGAGCAAAGACUGCUGGCUCUUCUGUGAUACUCCAGCUAUAGAUCUGUUGGGAUAUUAACUAUAGAUCUGUUGUGAGAUUAUUGCUAUAAUAUUUUAAGUUAAAGAUUUUUGUGUAAUACACACACACACACACACACACACACACACACAUUCCUGUCCAGACCCCAACAGGGUCAGACAUGGGGUCACGGUGCUUAACCCGAGAACGGCGACAGACCUCAAUUGAGGCUUGCCCGAGGAGAGGCGACAAGCCUCAAUUGAGCGUGAUUUUUUAACACGUACAGAAACCGCGCCAGUAGGUCUAGAUGGCUGAAAAUUGGACUGGAUCAUGUAUCAUAUGGUAACACUCAGUAGGACUACCCACUAUUGCCCCCCCCACCCAGCCGACAGCAGACCCCCUCACCCUGCCCUCCCGGGCAGCUUCAGCAACACCAUGAUCUAAAUUUAGAUGUAUUGUAUAUAUUAUUGUCUGUAAUUAUAUUUUUUUAUAAGUUACUCUGCAAUAAAACAAAACAAAAUAUAUAUAUAUAUAUAUAUAUAUAUAUAUAUAUAUAUAUAUAUAUAUAUAUAUAUAUAUAUAUAUAUAUAUAUAUAUAUAUAAAAUAAAAAUAAAAACUAACUCAUGUCAUUAUUCCUGUAUACCACAACUAGGUAAAUACACACACAUUCAGUCGGUUAAAGUGCUAUGCUGCCAGGCUUUGCGAUGUGGCAGGUUCCAUCCCCGCUCAGGCCGAAUUUUUUCUGCUGACUAGGAGUGGUUACUGUCCCCCCGUGAGCAAGGAGGAUGGGGGCAGUACCCAGACAUCAACUAAUGAGCCUUGCUCUAAUAGGGAGGGUACUUGCUGGUGAUCGUGAUUCCAACUUGUGAUCAGGUCAUGGUGAAGUACACACACACACACACACAUACAAAAGAGAUCCAAAAUUUCAUGGACUAAAAGGAGGGAAGGGUUGCUUGAAAAACAGCGUCCAAAUUUCCUGAGUACUGGCACACCCCCACUUACAAAGAUGCAACAUACAGAAAUCCACAAAUUAAAUUGGGUAAAAAAAGUUUGGUUAUUAACUAUAGUAACUUCCAUCAGAUUCUCAUCAAAUUACUUAUAUAUACUAUUUUUUUAACUUCCAGUAGAAGGUUGCAAGUAUUCAAAUCUAAAUCUUACAUUAAAUGCCAAGUGUGUGUGUGUGUGUGUGUGAAGCCACAGUGACAAGCAUAGGAAGUGCUGCCACUUGAUAUUGGUCAUUAUUAAUAUUUUCCAUGGCAUUGUUGUUACUGAUGGUGUUGUCAUCAUUACCCCUACCAUUACUGUCAUUGCUGCCAAGUUUGCUGCUUCUUGACAUCCAUCACCACCCUAGUUUUGAUGUCAUGCUCGACUCAUUCUUUGGAGGUUCAUCAGCCUUAUCCUAUAUCUUUUAAAGCACAGCAAGAUACCUGUGGAGUAUGGGCUGAGGCACAGGACUCGGUUGUAAAUGCAGCUGACGAAGAGGGUGCCUUGUGAUUGGCUGAGAUUUUUAAAAUGCACCUGUAAUUAACUGGCAAGUUUGAUGUUGUCAUCAAUACUAUUCAUGCAGUCAGCUGCCUUUGUGUUAUAGCAACAUACUAAUAACAUUGAUAAGCCUAGUCUUUGGCACUGGGUUUUACCCUUUUUGCUUGAGCAGAAGGUUGUUAAUAACAACCUCAAUUUGGAUAUUGGCUGAAAGGCAGUGACUAAAACAGACCUUAUUGGUCUUUGUUGUGAUUGGUUGAGAUUUUUUAAGAUGUGUCUGUGAUUAGCUGGCAAAUUUGAUAUCAUCAUCAGUGGUGCUCAUGUAAUCACCUGCAUUCCUGUCGUAGCAACCCACUAACAACAUUAACCCGGUAGCAGCAACGGGCCAAAUUUUUGGCUUUACCGCAUACCAGUGACAGGCCAAAUUUUUGGCUUGACAUAAACCCCCCAAAAUAAUGGAUGCAUAAAUUGAUCACAAAUGUGUGUAAUUUGUGAGUGAUGAUUUUUUCUCAUUAAUUCACUUAAAGGAGCCUUUAAAAAACAUGAUCCCUGCAGCGACCAGGUUAAGCAUCAUCCUUGCCUUUAGGGAAUAGGUAAAUGAAUAAAAAGUUAUAAAAAUAUUCAUAUUCACACUUCAAAUUUACAACAGGUUAAAUGAACAAAUUGUACAACUAUUUUCCAUUAUUCAUAAAAAAUCUGACUCGUUUUUAUAAAUUACUCAACAUACAUCUAUAUUAUAAAAAUGUAAAGAAUGGAAUGUACUCUAACACUAACACUUUUUCCAAAUAUCCAAUAUGUUAAGAAAUGUCUUAAGUUCCUUAUUUUGACAGAAAAUAAUGGAUAAUCUAAUAAUAUCAUGGUGUGCGGCCAACACACUUGACUACCGACUUGUAUCAAGCCUGGUGUAUAAUGUGAUAGAUAACUUGUCAGAAUGAUAACAUGGAGAUGAUCUAAAUAAAAAUGCAAUAAAAUAUGGGUUUGCAGAAAAAACAUUCCAAGGAAUACUGUA